AUGAACAAUAAAUACACCACAAAGGGCCUCUCACCCCCUCCAGAUGUCUCUGUGACCACGAUGCCCAUGGCCGGCCUCCUGGUCGACGUCUACGGCCUACAAGAGCUUCCCGCAUCAGCAGCGCCGACAACAUGCCUGUGGCUCCUUCACCCGCGGACACGCACCAGGGCUGUCAUGAAUGAUAUUGCCAGGCGGGCAAUCCACUCCUGGAAUCAGAAAGGACAAGAGCGAGGGCUUGUGGCCCUGGCCUUUGACAUGCCCAACCACGGCACGAGAAUGGUGAGCGCAAAGGCCAACCUGGCGUGGGACGAGGGCGAGGGCAAUGAGAACCACGCCAUCGACAUGUUUGGUCUGGUCAAGGGCGGGAUGCGGACCAUGGGCGGGUUGAUGGACCAGGUGGGAAGCUAUCUCGGGAGGCAAGUCGAUGCCCAUGUGUGUCUGGGAUGGAGUCUGGGGGGGCAUGCGGUGUGGCAGGCGUGGUUUGGAGAGGAGAGGAUCGAUGCUGGAGUGGCGAUUGUAGGGUGUCCGGAUCUCACAAACAUGAUGGCCAGUCGAGCCGAGCUGUCCAAGCUGGACUGUGGCGAGGCUGGCUUCCUGGGGAGCAAAUACUUCCCUGCUGACUCCGUCGCCACGGCUCGCAAGUUCGAUCCCAAGGGCAUCCUAUUCGGGACCGACGCCAUUCCUGCUCUGCCGCUCUCGUCGGCUGAACAGGAUCGUCUUCGCGGCAUCUUUGACAGCCGCGUCCGGGGCAAGAAGCUGCUUCUGUGCUCGGGCGGGGCUGAUGAGCUGGUGCCGUACUCCAAGGGGGAGGCUUUCAUCAGGCUGUUGAAGGAUGCGGCAGGCGGAUGGUAUGCUGAUGGAGGCGUUGAGGUUGACGAUAGAGUGUAUGAGGGCGUGGGACACAGAUUUGCGGCGGACAUGGUGAAUGAUGCGGUUGCGUUUUUGGUGAGGGCGGUGGCGGAGGGGCCGAGGCAGAGGAGGAAGGAUGCUGAGAGUAGAGCGAGGAUGUAGAUUGAGUUUGAUGCAAGAUGCUUCUAUUUAUGUGGCUCUGCUAAAAGUCUAGAUAUAAGAUGGUGUCUAAAGAAUAAUGAACAAUACCGAUAGUUCCAUCACCAUGGCCGUGGAGCAUCGUCGACCAACGCCUCCAUCUCACCCUCCCCUCUCGUAACCAAGCCCCCUUUACCGAACCCGUCCACCUCGUCUUCAAAAACACCCUGCCAUACUGCCCACGGAUUUCUAUUCGCUCUCUUUCCAGCCAAUUUCUCUCCCCGUCCGUGAGGAUCAGCCGUCCAUUCAUCCACCGCCUGUCCCACGCCUUUCAUCGCAACUUUGUUCUCGCCAUUAAUCAUACCAGGCGGAUCGAUGCCCAAGAAUCUUGUCCUCUCGAUUGGAAAUUCAAUGGCAGCACAAUGGCCAUCUAUGAAGCGGGGCCUCUUGAAAUCGUGAGAGACAAUGGUUAAAGAUAGGGGCCAGGCUUUGAAGCGCGUGUAGAAGAGGGUGAGGCUGAAGAGCACAUUGUGGUACGAGUCUAAUGCGCGGUCUUCGAUGAGGAUUUUUGAUGAAACAACUUUGGAAACCGUUUGUGGCUUUGAGCUGGGCUUGUUGAUGAAGACGUGGUCGAAUAAGUUGUGCGCUGCGGCGAGGUUGCUGUAGCUUUGGGCUUCACUUAGAGCUGUUUCUUUGCGGGUUGGGCCGCUGUAGUUGAAGAGCAGAGAGAAUGUUAGCAUGA